UCGGACCUUGCACAUGUGGGAGCGUAGUGCAUUGGGUACGGCCCUUUUUAGUAGUUACCCAAUUUGAGUCUGCCCUUCUGUUCCCUCCCUCUUCUGGAAACGACCACAGACGACUGCGUGUGAAUGAUUAAUGAGGACCCAUAUGGACUCCGUGGCUUCAGCUGAAGCCCUCCACGCUUUCACUUGCCUGCACCGUGCAGGCCUUAAUGCCGUCGAUAACUUCACAUUCCCAAUUGCUCUUAAAGCUUGUGCUGCUCUCAAAGCCUUGAAACAGGGCCAGCAGAUCCACUCCCUCGUCCUUCUCUUAGGCGUCCAGUGGAACGUCUACAUAGGCAACGCUCUCAUCUCUAUGUACUGUAGUUGUGGUAAUACUCAAGUUGCAGCUCGAGUGUUCGACCAUAUGCCCCAAAGAAACACAGUUACUUGGAAUUCUAUAAUGACUGGCUGCAUCCACAAUGGCCUUGCUCAUGAAUCUUUCUCUUACUUUCGUAGGAUGAUAAUGGAGAAAUCGUUACUUUCGUCGUCUCUUGAGCAGUGGCCUGACUCGGUCACCAUGUGCACGAUCCUUAACGCUCAUGCCCGUCUUGGACCUGAUGCUCUUCGUAGUGGCCGGGCUGUUCAUGGGUACAUUACUCGACAAGGACAUCGAAUUGUUACGAAACCAGAGACAACGAGGCCAUUUGUAAAAAAUGCUCUGAUCCACAUGUAUAUUGAGUCGUUACGAUGUUUGACAUAUGCAGAGAAAGUUUUCCAAGGGAUGGCUGCAGAAGAGAGGGAUGUGGUUACUUGGACCACCAUGAUUUCUGGGUAUUUGCAUUGCAAACUGGAGAAUAAAGCAUUAGAGACAUUCCAAUCCAUGUUGUGGGAAUACCAUGAAAAUGCAAGCCUUGAUGCGGUCACUCUGGCUGCUGUGAUUCCGGCUCUCCGGUCUCUUUGGCAAGGGAAAGAGAUCCACUGUUUUGCAAUCAAGAAUGGUCAUGACAGGCGUAAUAUGUUUGUUAUCUCAUCUUUGCUGAAUAUGUAUGCCGAAUAUGGGGCCAUUGGGUAUGCCACCAAGAUUUUCCAAAGAGUUGAGGAGAGAAAUGUAGUGGUAUGGACUGCCAUGAUUAUGGGUUAUGCCAAGCAUGGUCUGAGUGAGGGCUGCUUGAGACUGUUCGAUGAGAUGCGGCUGCAAGCAGGUGUGACUCCAAACGAGCUAACCUUCAUGGGUGUCUUUACUGCAUGCAGCCAUGCUGGUCUUGUUGAAAAAGCUCAAGAAUGCUUCAAGGUCAUGACCCAAGAGUAUGGAUUGAUGCCUGAUUUGCAUCACUAUGCAGCCAUGGUUGACGUGCUUGGUCGAGCUGGUAGGCUGAGGGAGGCCAGGAAUUUCAUUGAGGCCAUGCCUAUGAAGCCAAGCACACCCAUUUGGGGGUCUUUACUAGCUUAUUGUGGUCUUCACCAAGAUAUGGAAUUGGCAGAAGAGGUAGCCAAGAUUGUGUUGGACUUGGAACCAGAUAACCCAGGGAAUUUUGUGCAUCUGUCCAACAUGUUGGCCCAGGAGCAAAGAUGGGAUGAUGCUAGCAUGGUCAGAGAGACCAUGAAAUGUCUUGGACUGAAGAAGGUGCCCGGUUGCAGUUUUGUCCAUGCCCACCAACAGAACUAUUAAAUAUACUAGAUACUAUCCUAUUAAGUGACGUUGAUCAUCAAUGUGGUCUUCUGGUUGGAGAUGAGGGAAGAUUUUUAUAGGCCACUAAACCCACUGGUCUCCAACCCAAUGGACCAAAACAGCAGAGGUUUUUGUCAUUUUUCUGGCAGCAUAUCCACUUUCCUUUCAUAUUGGUAAUCACAAACAUGAUGAGGCUGUAAGACCUACAAUGUCUGCAAAGGGAAGUAAUCAGGAUUUGUCCCUGCAAGUGUAUCAUCCAUACUUUGAUAGGAUUAAUGGAUCUACUGUCCGUAUUUUAACCCUUCAGAUAUCAUCAUUUACUCACCUCCAAACCUGGCUCAAUAAGGAUUGCAAGUUGCUACUGGAGUGCAAUGUGAGAGACCUGUUCUCUGCCAAUAAGGGCAAUGGAAUGAACUCCACAGAAGAAUGGCAUCAAGUGAGAUGACUGGUUUGAAACGUACAAGUAUCUGGAUUUACACUAACAGUUUGAGUGAGGCUUCUCCAAACAUGACAUGGAUGCUAGGACAACAUUCAAACAACUGUUAGGAGUAGAAAUAUAGUGGAUGACCUUAGGACUUAGGCACUCAUUAUGGCAUCAUAAAGGCCAAAAAUCUACAGAUAUGGUUUCAAGUGUAAAAGAUGUACCAAGGCAUACUCCAAAUAUGUCUAUUUGGAUCUCACUGUUACUUCUGGAGCAAAGAGCUGCACUGAAUAAAAACCAAACAGAACUGAGCUAUUUGGUUGAGGGAGGAAGGGGGAUUGCGUCUGAUGCUUGAUUUACCUGUCACUGAAUACUUUUAUUCUAAUUGGGCUUAGUAACAUUUUGGGGAAGUGUUUCCUGUGGGGAAAUGCGGUUUCUGCACGCGCAUGAUGACCUAUGGGAGUGAACGAGGAAGCGCAUUCACAAAGAUGUCAACUACGUUUCAUUGUUUGGGGGGGGGGCAGGGCGUUUAUUUUGCUCCCUGAUGUGUCUGGGCACAGGGGCCAACACUCUCCCACAGAAAGCUUUUUCCCAACAUUUGCUGAUGAGGGACUUGACGUUACCCAGUCAUGCUACCCACCCUUACAGAGGGUUUUUAUGUCUGAUUGUUGAGAGGAUCCAAUCUUCUAAUUCUCAUGUCUUCGUAUUUUCACAUUAUCUUGUGGGUUUUCCAAGACAAUUCUUGGUUGAAGGCAUUACGCACUGACUGUAAACUGGGAAAAGAAUACAAAGGUUAAGUUGCACCAUGUUGGUCAUAGGUUAGGAAUUCGGAAAUAGCCUCUCCUACGAAGGAAUGGAUAAGGUUUCGUACAUUUGCCCCUCCUAGACCCCUACGAUAGCGAGAGCCUCGUGCAUUGGGUUGCUCUUUUUGUAAGCUAAAAACAAAUGAUACAGGUGCCAAA